GGUCCGCUCCUCCUCCUCCUCACGCCCCCUAGCUGCGGCUCUUCCUGGGCUGGGCUGAAGCCUCCAAGGUCCCUCCACUCCUGUUGCUUCCCGUCCAGGUGCCGCAGGGCCAGCAGGAAAGGCUCAGCGAUGGAGCCGGCGGGCUCGGACACCCCGGGUUACUCUCUCCAGGCUCGGCUCUUCAAGAAUCUCCAGCUGGGCCGGUCCAGGAAAAUUGGGAAGCCUGGAGCGGAGCGCCGCAGUGCGGGGACACCCUGCCCUUCACCCCCUCCGCACCGGAGGAAAGAUCCGGAGGGGACCAUGGAGGAGGUGGUGCCGGGCAUCAUCCGCUGGAGCGGGAUAAGGAGGAGGAAGCAGGUCCUAGACCGGGUGUUCUCCUCUUCCCAGCCGAACCUGUGCUGCUCCGGUGCGGACCCGUUACCCUCCAGCACCCCCUGUAGUAGCCCCGGUAGCAUCGCCGGUACCCCGGAGCCCGGCUCUACUCUGCGCCGACUGAGGGAUCACCUCCUACCCUACAACAGGGCCGGACACAUCAAGGAGAAGGAUGGAGAAGUCCAGCCCGGGAACACCAGCACGGCCCCGGCCAGGGCACACCAGCUGUCCCAUCAGAAGAGCUCGUCCCUGCCCGGAACUGAGUUCAUCGAGAAGAUGCUGCAAUCCUCCAGCACCAAGGACAGCGGCACCGCCAAGCCGAGGGGGAGCUGCCAAAUUAGAGAUGGGAAGGAGAUACUUAUAAGCAGUAAUACUUAUCUUAGUCCUUGCUCCCCGGCAGCCGAUGCUCUUCUAUGCUCUCCGACAUCUCGGGAUGUGGACAGGCCCUCCUGGUCCUGCAUUGUACACGAUGACAUUGGAAAUCUAGCCCUGGAGGAGCGGUGA